AGGCGGGGAUCUAAUGGCGCGCGUGUACGGGCAAAUUUGUAAAGGAACGAUUUAAGAUUGUUGUUAUUGUUUUAAUUUCAGAUUUCUAUAGUAUUACGAAGUAAGUUAUAAGAUAAGCGUAUUAUUUCCCGCUCGUGUUUAAACGGUCUUUAAUAAAGCAACAAACAGGACGAAUUAAACUCCUUUAAAAAAGAAAAGAAAAGACAUGGUAUAAAAUGUCAACAGAUGGAUCAAAUGGUUGUUACACAAAUCCUGAAGCUGAACUACACUUCUGACACUAGAACAUCUGUAAUUAAACAGAAACGCUAGCAGCUCGCCACAAGAUGGCGGCAUUAGCUCAACCACACGUCACUGACGCCUUUAGGGAAGAUCCCAAUAAUGAAGUGGAUUCCCGCUUGAUCCCUCGAGUCUACACCCGGAAGUGACGUAGCACGCAGUAAACCGAGGUGCUACUCUUUUCACGGCUUUUGAGCUUUUUAAAUGGAAAAGGUCCAACGAAUCCCUGAAAACGAGCCAGCUCCAUCCAAACAGCGAUUGACGCGAUGUGUACUCAGCGCAGCAUUUUUUGGAGCUCUUGGCUCCUCCUUCCUGUAUGGCUACAACCUGUCUGUGGUCAACGCCCCCUCCAAGGAUAUAAAAGCAUUCUACAACUUGACGUGGAUGACGCGCUAUGGUGAGCCAGCAACAGUGGACAUGCUCACUUUGCUCUGGUCCAUCACUGUGUCCAUAUUUGCAGUUGGAGGCCUGAUGGGGGCGCUCACUGUCCCCUUCCUCAUUAAAGUACUGGGCAGGAAAGGCACUCUGCUGGCCAAUAACGUGUUGGCAGUGAUCUCCGCUCUAUUAAUGGCACUGGGCGAGAAAGCAGGGUCGUUUGAGAUGCUCAUCAUUGGUCGCUUCAUUGUUGGCAUGGAUUCAGGAGUGUCUCUUAGUGCGUUGCCGAUGUAUCUGGGUGAAAUCUCUCCACGACAGUACCGCGGCUCCAUCGGUCAGUUCAACGCCGUCUUCAUCUGUCUCGGAGUCUUCGCCGGACAGCUGUUCGGCCUUCCCGAGAUAUUCGGCCAUGUGAACAGAUGGAACUUCCUGUUUGCCUUUAUCGCAGUUCCUGCCAUUCUGCAGUUGUGUGUUUUGCCAUUUUUGCCGGAGAGUCCGCGAUUCCUGCUGAUGGAGCGCAGAGACGAAGCUCGAGCUGAAAAAGCAUUCCAGUCAUUUUUGGGGAAGAAGGACGUGAGUGCAGAAUUGGAGGAGGUGUAUGGAGAGAUUAGAGUGCAGAACACUCAGCAGUCUGUGUCUUUCUUCCGUCUGUUCCGCAAUCCUUCCAUCCGCUGGCAGCUCAUCACCGUCAUCACCAUCAUGAGCAGCUACCAGCUGUGUGGCCUCAAUGUCAUCUGGUACUACACUAACGGGAUAUUUGAAGGUGCGGGAUUUGACAAGAGCACAAUUCCUUACGUCACCCUCAGCACGGGAUUCAUCGAGACGCUGGCAGCUAUCAUAUCGGGUUUGGUGAUUGAGCGUGUUGGACGGAAGCUGUUGCUGAUAUUUGGCUUCUCAGCGAUGGCCGUGUGUUACAGCCUCCUCACCGUCUUCUUGAACUUCCAGGACAGUUAUUCAUGGAUGCCAUAUAUGAGUUUCAUCUCCAUAUUGGCCCUGAUUGCUUCUUUUUGCUCUGGCCCAGGUGGUAUUCCCUUCAUUCUGACUGGGGAAUUAUUUGAGCAGACGUAUCGUCCUGCUGCGUUUCUGGUCGCUGGGAUUGUGAACUGGCUGGCAAACUUUAUCGUGGGUCUCGUUUUCCCUUUCAUACAGGAGUCGCUUCAGAACUAUGCAUUCUUGGUCUUUCUCUUUGUGUGUGUCUUCGCCGCCAUCUACAUCAUCAUUGUCCUUCCAGAGACCAAGAACAAAACGUUUACGGAGAUCAGUCAAAGUUUUGCCAAGAUCAAUAGCAUCGCCCAGAGUGUGGAAGCGGAGAUGGAGGAUGUUCUGGACGUCCAACCAGAAAAGACCAAUGCAUUGGGCCUGAACGCUGAACCUGCUAAAUAUCCAGACAGGAAUCAUGAAGAUAAUGGUGUGGUGCAAUCCGAGAGCUUCUUCUAACCCUGCACCCUCGUCAUAUGACUGAUCACUUGUAUGUUCAGCAAUACACAGUUUUUAUAUAUAUAUAUAUAUAUAUAUAUAUAUAUAUAUAUAUA